GUCGAAUACGUUAUUCCGGUCCACGAAUCUUUAUUGGUAGAUUCUAGCGAAGAAAAUCCCACUGAACUUCUUCAGAGUUGCUUCAGAAAACUUGGGAACAACACUUUCUCGACUUUCAGAGACAAUCUGAUGGAUUUGGAGGAAGCUAUUUUAUCUUUAGAGACAGACAUUUUCGUCCCUAAGUAGGCUAACUGUUUUUCUUGGGUCAUUAUUACUAUCAAUUUCCUCCCAGAGAAGCGCGAAAAUGGAAAAUAGUGAAAUAGAGCAGAGGCUUUUAGAUGCAGGGGAAAGAGACGAGGGGUCGGAUCUGAAAAGGAGAGUUUGGAAUGAAGUGAAGUUGAUGUGGAAAAUAGCUUUUCCUUCAAUGUUGGCAAGAGUGACUGCGUUUGGAGUUAUGGUUGUGACUCAGUCGUUUCUUGGGCAUGUCAGUGAGUUGGACCUCGCUGCUUUUGCUCUCGUCCAAAGCAUUCUCAUUCGCUUUGUCAAUGGCAUUCUACUUGGCAUGUCAAGUGCAACCGAGACUCUAUGCGGGCAAGCAUUUGGUGCAAAACAAUACCACAUGAUGGGAAUAUACUUGCAACGUUCAUGGAUUGUUGACUUCAUCACCGCAACGAUAAUGCUCCCUAUUUUCAUCUUCAGCGCGCCCCUCUUGAAAUUGCUUGGUGAGCAAGCAGACAUUGCGGCCGUGGCUGGGAAGAUCUCCCUCUGGUGCAUACCCUAUUUGUACACCUUUGUCUUCAGCCUCACCAUUCAAAUGUACCUGCAGGCGCAACAGAAGAACUUGAUCGUCGGGUGGCUCUCAGCAACAUCGUUCGUCUUGCAUGUGGUGUUGUCGUGGAUUUUUGUGUAUAAGCUCGAGUGGGGGACCGUCGGUGCUCUGGCGGCAAUGAACAUCGCCAGCUGGUCGUCUGUCAUUGGAAUGUUUGUGUAUAUCUUUGGAGGUUGGUGUACCAAAACAUGGAAGGGAUUCACUCUUGCUGCUUUUGUUGAUAUGUGGCCUGUUGUAAAGCUAUCCAUAUCUUCUGGUGUUAUGGUGUGUUUAGAGUUAUGGUACAAUUCUAUUCUGGUUCUUUUAGCUGGAUACAUGAAAAAUGCAACAGUUGCCAUCUCUGCUUUCUCUAUCUGUCUCAAUAUUUGUGCUUGGGAGUUUGCGAUAUGCCUUGGGUUUUUAGCUGCUGCAUGUGUACGGGUAUCAAAUGAGUUGGGGAGAGGAAAUGCUAAAGCUGCGAAAUUUGCCAUAAAAGUUAUCCUUAGCACAUCAAUUGUGAUUGGAGUGGUAUUUUGGAUUUUGUGUUUGAUAUUUGGUCGUCAAAUUUCCUACCUAUUCACUGACGAGGAGGAAGUCGCAGACGUUGUUUCAGAUCUGUCUGUCCUGCUUGCUUUCUCCAUCUUACUCAAUGGCAUCUAUCCGGUCCUUUCAGGUGUUGCUGUAGGUGCUGGUUUACAGGGCACUGUUGCUGUUGUAAACAUUUGCUGCUAUUAUUUGAUUGGGAUACCCUUAGGAAUUGUGCUUGCUUAUGUGGCUCAUUUCCAAGUAAAGGGAUUGUGGAUCGGAAUGUUGUGUGGAGUGUUAUCACAAUCACUUGUACUUCUGUAUAUCACAUUUAAAACAGAUUGGGAAGCCCAGGUCAAUAAGGCAUCAGAACGACUCAACCAUUGGUUUCUGAAGCCAUCCGACGAACUCAAUUAGUAUGCUAUAGGAUCCAACACAUGCACAUGCUUGGGAAAAUAUCAGAGUUCCAAACUAUGAUAGGUGUAAGGAAUGUUAUUUAUAUUAAUGGGGUGUUCUUUUCCUAGGUUUGAAAAGAAUAUUUUGAACCGAAAUUUAAAUUUUUAUGAGAAAAAAUACUACAGUAAAGAGGAUGAAUUGUAAUUCAAACCUAUGAAAAGAGCGAAAAAUGAGUUCAAUUUUGACCAAUUUGAUAUUCAUUUUGUAUGUUAUUUUCAAAUAGUCGCGAGUUCUUAAGGGUGAAAGCAAGGGGCACGGGAGGUAGUUGUUGGAAAUUGUAUUACUACAAUCCGUGUAUUGUUUCAUUAAAAUAAUAAAGGAUAAUUUUAAA